UCAGUUUCAAAAUGUCAAAUGAGGUGUGAAAGUAACAUCUAAAGCUAAAGGUAAUAGACCGCUUUUUUCUAUAUAAUUUUUUUCUGCUACUAUAGUAGUAUAAAUCAAAUUAAAAUGACCCCUGAAGAGACCGUAGAAAAAUUAAAAUUACUAGGAUUAAGUGAGCAAAAAGCGAAGGAGACUUUAAAAAAUGUUAACGUCACGAAGAUCUUACUCGCCGCGUUGAACGAGGUUGAUCUACAAAAGGCACCAACCGGUGCAGGAAUGUUACUGUACCAUCUGGCGACUAAAAUAAAGCCACAAAUAACGGAAAAUUUAUCAUUUCUGUGCAAGUACAUUGCCGAUGGAAAAUUAGAUUCGACUUUACGUGUUGAUGCCGCUCUAGAAUAUCUUCUUAAUACUGUAAAUGAAUCAAGUGUUGAUAUUGGCAAGUUUGAAGAUGCAUGUGGUGUGGGUGUCAAAAUAACACCAGAGCAAAUUGAGCAAGUUGUUGAAAAACAUAUGGCUCAACAUAAACAAGAAAUACUUGAUAAAAGGUACAGAUUUAAUUCAGGGAAUAUAAUGAAAGAAGUAAGAGCUGAACUGAAAUGGGCUGAUGGUAAAGCUAUUAAAAAUGAAGUGGAAUUACAGAUUUUGUAUUUAUUGGGCCCUAAAGCUGAGAUUGACUUAGCACCUGUACCUAAAACUGAUAAGACAAAAGGUGCUGCCGGCACUAACAAAAGUAAAAGGGAAAAUCAAGAAGAUAAUAAAGCAUUAUCAAUGAUGGAUUUAAUGAAAAAACUACCCUUCCAUGCACCUGGAGAGAAUUAUAAAUCAGAUGGUUAUAUUGUUACUCCUAACACAAAAAAGUUACUUGAAGAACAUUUAAAAAUUACUGGCGGAAAAGUACGUACAAGAUUUCCACCUGAACCAAAUGGGAUUUUGCAUAUUGGGCAUGCUAAGGCUAUUAAUAUAAACUUUGGUUAUGCGGCUGCUCAUGACGGUCUUUGUUUCUUAAGAUAUGAUGACACAAACCCAGAAAAAGAAGAAGAAAAAUUCUUUGUUGGCAUCAAAGAUAUGGUGGAAUGGUUAGGAUAUAAACCUUACAAAAUAACUUAUUCAUCUGACUAUUUUGAUCAGUUAUAUGAAUGGGCGGUGCAGUUGAUUAAGAAAGGUCAUGCAUAUGUGUGUCAUCAAAAAUCUGAGGAAAUUAAAGGGUUUAACCCACCUCCGUCACCAUGGAGAAAUAGACCUAUUGAGGAAAGCCUACAACUUUUCGAGGAUAUGAAAAAUGGUAAAAUAGAUGAAGGCGAUGCAACAUUAAGAAUGAAAAUAACCCUAGAGGAAGGAAAACAGGAUCCCGUUGCAUACAGAAUAAAGUUUUUACCUCACCACCGCACUGGCAAUAAGUGGUGCAUUUACCCCACUUAUGAUUAUACUCAUUGUCUCUGUGAUAGCAUAGAACAUAUUACUCAUUCACUCUGCACUAAAGAGUUUCAGUCUCGAAGAUCAUCAUAUUACUGGUUGUGCAAUGCCCUGGACAUCUACUGCCCUGUGCAAUGGGAGUAUGGUCGACUUAACAUCAAUUACACUGUGGUGUCCAAAAGGAAGAUAGCCAAGCUUAUUGAUGAAGGAGUUGUUAAUGAUUGGGAUGAUCCUCGGCUGUACACACUGACGGCGCUGCGUCGUCGUGGUGUGCCAGCAGCUGCUGUGAACUCGUUCUGUGCGGGGCUGGGUGUGACAGGAGCGGUCAGUGCAGUUGACCCCAUCAUGUUGGAUGCCGCUGUCAGAGAUGUACUUAAUUCCACCGCACCAAGGACGAUGGUUGUAAUAGAACCUUUGAAAAUUACCAUAACGAAUUAUAUAGAGAAAGGACCAAUAUUGUACACAGUGCCUGAUUUCCCAACGCAGGCAGAGAGAGGAUAUCACAGAGUUGUAUUCAAUAAAGUUCUGUAUAUAGAGCAAUCUGACUUCAAGGAAGAACCAGAAAAGGGCUACCGACGACUGACACCCAACCAGUCUGUGGGACUGAAGCACUCAGAGUUUCUUAUUAAGGUAACUAAAGUGAUAAAAGAUGAAAGUGGUGUUAUUACCGAGUUAGAGUGUGAGUCAGAACAUCUGGAUCACAUAACAGCUGCAGAGAAACCAAAAGCUUUUAUACAUUGGGUAGCGGACCCCAUAGCUGUUGAAGUUAGACUCUAUGAACCUUUAUUUAAACAUAAAAACCCCGAGGAUGGUAACGAAGUGCCGGGUGGUUUUCUAUCCGACUGUCGCGAGGAUACUUUGAAAGUGGUGACCGCGUUCGCUGACCAGGACCUCGCCAGCGUUAAGGUUUAUGACAAGUUUCAGUUUGAAAGGAUCGGCUUUUUCUCUGUGGAUCCUGACACCACCAAGGAUAAGAUUGUUUUCAACAGAACUGUAUCUCUUAAAGAAGAUACUGGAAAAUAAAAGCAUAUUUAGUUACCAUUUUUUAAAUUUUUAUA